GGAAACGUGCCUGGGCAAGACUUGCGUUUCUAAAUUCUGUCAUUUGGGCGCAGUAGAAAGAGGUCGUCAAAGUAUUUCAUCUUCUUUAUUCCAUUGGGCUCUUCCGACUUGCAAUUUCCUCUGCCAACGAGACGGUCCUUGUUUCCAUCUGUCAACUGUAGCUGUCAUGACAAGCUUUCAAUUCGGAAAGUUUGACUAUUUUUGUAGUCAAAUUGCUCUCAGUCUCUGUCCCUAUAUCGGGCCCGACAAUGGGGUUGAGCCAGAAUGCUACUCUAGAAAUAUAGAAAUGGGGAGUUUGUUGAUAUUUGAACCUGCUACCCUCGUUAUACAUUUGAUCGCUCUCGUUAUGACCGGAAUUAUGAUCUACCACAUCAAAACAAAAUAUACAGCUGUUGGUCGCAAGGAGAUCGUUAUGUUCUUCUAUAUGUAUUUUGUGACGAUUGUUCUCGAGUUCUUUGUGAUAUCUGGUAUCAUACCAACGGCACAUUCAUCCUAUCCGUAUUUCGCGGCGGCACAUAUUGCCAUGGUCAUCACUACUCUAUGGUGUCUUUUACUUAAUGGCUUUGUCGGCUUCCAAUGGGCAGAAGACGGAACUCCACUCUCUCUUUGGUCUAUCCGCAUCAGUUCCUUGAUCAUCUUUGGCAUUAGCUUCUUCAUCAGUAUUGCGACCUUCCAAAAUAUUGCCGGGUUCAGCAGAACAAGCCCCACGCCGCUCUUUAUUAUAUACUUUGUUUUUGGUGCCGCUUUCAUCCUUAUUUACGUGUUGCUCCAAAUUGUGCUGGUGGUAAACACCUUGGACGAUCGAUGGCCACUUGGUGAUAUCUUAUUUGGUUUCACAUUCUUCGUUGUGGGACGAAUCUUUGAAUACGUGAUAUCGAAAGAGAUUUGCGAUAUGGCAAAGCAUUAUGUGGACGGCAUGUUCUUUGGAACGAUUUGCACACUACUUGCCGUAAUGAUGGUCUACAAGUAUUGGGACUCUAUUACGAAGGAGGAUUUGGAGUUUUCUGUGGGCGGGAAGAGUAAUGUAUGGGAAAUCAAGGACCCAUUGUUGAGUGAUGAUGGGUUGGCCGCUAUGGGCCGGGACGAGAGGAUGUACGACAGGUAUUAAUAUGUAUUAUUUGUAAUGUGUAUACAGAUGUAGUAGAUUUGGUCAUUGUAUUCUGUCCGUUUUUUUUUAAUCAUUGCUAUUCUUCCACGGUAUCGUGGACGAAGUCUCCCAC